GACAUUCCUCCCAUAAUUCCACACCAAGCUGGUUAUUAACUAUAGCCAUUUUCAUCAAACAUCAUUCUACACCUUUCAAAGAGCAUCUAUUCUCACUUACGCACAAAGGGAAAGUAAUCAUGGCCCUCCAAAGACACCACCUUGCACUCCUUGUCAUCAUGAUUUCUUUUGUUGCUAGUCAUGGCACCGUGCUAAAAGAACCACUUGGUUUAUUUGAUGAUGAUUCUUCUUACGUCGAUGAUGGUGGCACGUUCAGGGACUUUAUUAUCAAGCAGAAUGAAGAUGUUUUGACCUUAAAGAGUUUUGACAACUUGGGUCACAAUUCUAGAUCUCCUUCGCUUAAAACGGUUAACGUUAAUGAUUAUGGAGCUAAAGGAGAUGGUAAAACCGAUGACACUCAGGCAUUCUAUAAGGCUUGGCAGGUAGCAUGUUCUUCUUCAGCAGCAGUUAUUGUGGUGCCUCAGAAGAACUAUCUACUCAAGCCAAUCACAUUUUCUGGCCCUUGCAAAUCCAACAUCGCAGUUCAGAUUUCCGGAACCCUUGAAGCCUCAGGUAACCCAUCAGAUUACAGCAAAGACCGCACACACUGGCUUAUGUUCGAUAAUGUUCACAAACUAUCAGUUAAAGGUGGUGGAACCAUCGAUGGGAAUGGUAACAUAUGGUGGAAAAACUCAUGCAAAACGAACAAAAAACUUCCUUGCAAGGAUGCCCCCACGGCGUUGACUUUCCACAAGUGCAAUAACUUGGUAGUUGAGGAUUUGACGAUAAAAAAUGGCCAACAAAUUCAUGUUUCAUUCCAAGACUCCGUGAAUGUUAAAGUUUCCAGUCUCACUGUGACAGCACCGGAGAACAGCCCAAACACCGAUGGAAUUCAUGUCACAAACACCCAAAACAUCCAAAUCUCUAGCUCCGUUAUAGGAACUGGUGAUGAUUGUAUAUCAAUUGUAAGCGGGUCCAGGAAUCUGCUAGCCACAAACAUAACCUGCGGACCAGGCCAUGGUAUCAGCAUCGGAAGCUUAGGGGCCGAGGAAUCCAAGGAAUUUGUUUCAGGAGUAACGGUGAAUGGGGCAAAGUUUUCUGGGACUACAAAUGGAGUAAGAAUUAAGACAUGGCAGGGAGGGUCCGGAAGUGCAAACAGAAUUCAGUUUCAGAACAUUCAGAUGGACAACGUGACCAAUCCCAUAAUAAUAGAUCAAAACUACUGUGAUCAAGCGACACCUUGCACAAAACAACAAUCUGCAGUUCAGAUUAGGAAUGUGUUGUACCAAAACAUAAAAGGCACAAGUGCUUCCGAUGUGGGAGUGCAAUUUGAUUGCAGCAAGAACUUUCCAUGCCAGGGAAUAGUGUUGCAGAACAUAAACCUGCAACUUGAAGGUGGAGGAAAAGCCAAGGCUUCAUGCAACAAUGUUAAAUUGACCUACAAAGGAGAUGUUGACCCUCACUGCCCAUAGAAAGAGGAAUGACACUCACCAAAUGCAAAGACACUUGCACAUAUGCUCAACCAAUAAGGCUUUGCAGCAGCCAAUUAAUACAAUAAUAAUAUGUGAUAUACUGAUAUUGAUGAUUGGUAGUGAUGAUUGUUAUUAUUUGUAUAUA